AUGGAGGGAUUGCAGAAAGCAUAUCGCAGUGCAAUGUCACAGGCAGAGAAAUCGACAGCAAAACUCAGCUCCUUCGCCUCUUCUCUAGAGAAGACAUCCUUAAACUCGAAUUCAUCUUCUGGGUCUACUAUAGAUUUAUCGGCAGACCAGUCUCAGCUUUUGCUCACCCGAUCUUCCAGACAAUCCGUAUCACUGUGGACCUGCUCAAAGCUUUGUACUAUUUGCUUUAUUGCUGGAGUAUUGGUUGGUUACACGCUUAAACGGCGCGUUCGUCUCUGGGCCUCAAAACUUCUCAAGAGAUUGAAUAAUGAUUAG